AUGCAAGGGGAAAGAAUCCUCAAAUCACUUCUAAACAGAGAGAUAGAUGGUCUUCAUGAGGAUACGAAGGUAAGUUGAUCAAACCUAGCUGUUUGCUAAAUUUAAGCUGCUGAGAAAUUAUGGUCGCUUAAUAGAGGACACUUUGUAGCUCAGUUGGCGAAGAUACUUACGAUUUGUAAGGCUACUAACUUUCAAAAACGUUUCCUUGAAUAAAAAUUUAGUUCAUUUCAAAGCGAGCGUCUUGUUAGACUCUAAAUGUAGCUUCAAUUGCAAGAAUCGCGCUGAUCUACAUGAGCAGGUCAUAGAAUGAGAGUCACUUGAAAGCAAACCUCAACCUAAUAAAUUACACUUAUUUUAGACGUCUUUUUUGCCAAAGCCUCUUAUUUUUCUUAACUCCAUAUUUCAAAUGGGGUAGCCUUCACCCUUGAUAUGUUUUUUUUUUCAAAUAUCGUUUGGUGGAACUUGCAGAAUUAUCUUGCUCCACUGCAAUGUCCGCUAAAGAACAAAAAUGGCUGCCAAGCAGGAGGCAAAGCUACAGAGGAAACUGUGUCAAAGUACGCCGUGUUUUGUACCAAGUUCCUAAGGUGUGCUAUAGAAACCUUGAAAAAUGUGAAAGCCAAGGGAAAUGACCUUACUGAGGUCACAGAUGCCUUGAAAGUA